AGUGUGUUGGUUGAUUUCAAGCUCUAGUGGUAGAUUUUACUAACAAUUGCAAGGUGACACUUGAGCUGAAGUGAAUUGAAAAGCAUCCAGCAAUGCGUCAGCUGACCCGGCACUUCCUUCUCUGGUACGGCCUCCUGGAAACAUUCGUCUUCACGGGGAACAUCUUCGGAUGGACAGCCCUCCACUACAUGCUGAGGAAAGAAGGGAUCUACGAGCAGGUUUGCGAAGAGGAGAGUCUCAGUGUGAACACUUCUGGAUGGAACGCAACAUUCUGGGACACGAAUUUGUCUUCUCCUGUGAACAAAUCUAUAGCAACACCAACUUACCGUACUUGUGAAGAACAAGACCGCAUUCUCAAUUUAGCCUACACAAUUGGAAGCUUUUGCAUGGGCUCGACCUCCUUCAUAUGGGGAUUUCUACUGGAUAAAUGGGGGUUACGAAUCGUUCGAAUCAUCAUCAAUGGUUUGAUUACAAGUGGAUGCAUUCUUCUUUCUUUGACGAUAAAAGAAACAUCCUUCUUCCUUUUCCCGUCACUAAUACUCAUGUGCACAGCUGGAAUACCUCUGCGCUUGGCAAACAUGCAGAUUGCAGACCUGUUUCCAAAAUACCGCUCCACAAUCAUCACCCUAUACAGUGGCGCCUGUAGUGCCUCAGCUUCCAUUUUUGUUUUCAUUAAAUAUGGCUUCGAUGCUGGUCUUCCUUGGGAAUGGGCUUGUUUCCUGCUGGUGGUGCUGAGCGUGUUGAUGCUGCCCGUCACUCUCUUCUUAUUGCCAGCAGACAGAGUAAAGGAGGAGGACAGUAAAGGAGGUCUUUUCCCUUCCCCUCAAAAAGAAGUUUCGUCUGUAGCACCCUUUGUGUGGGGGACAUUUACUUACAUUCUAGAUGAAUUGCCUUUCACGAAAGCAUCAAUGGCGUCAGAAAAAAAGGAUCCCAAAAAGGACAUGAAUUUAAAAAAGAAAGAAGCUGAGGCAGAAUUGAGAGUAAAGGAACGUCCUUUGCGUGAGUCUUUAUUAUCAGCUUCUUUCAUGAUGCAUCAGUAUUGGUUCUGCUGGUUGCUGCUCUACACUAUCAUCUACAUUGGAACUCUUCAUUUAUGGAUCGACAGAACGACCACUGACCCUGACGAAGAUUCCUUAUUUUCUGAAGUGUACGGGCUCUCUCAAGUCACAGGUUUGUUCUUAGCACCUAUUGGCGGGAUUUUUAUGGACUGGAGUAUUAGGAGAGUAGCUAAAAAAGAAGGAGAUGGAGAGCAAAAUCUGCUGCGCGUCAUCCGUUCUUGCUUCUGGCCUAUGUUCCUGACGACAGUCUUGGAGAUGAUAGCUCAAGUUUGCAAAUUCUUCAACACCAACUCCGCCAUCUACGUCUCCAUAGUCGCAGUAACAAUGCUCAGGGCUUUCUUCCUCUCUAUAGGCACCGCCUAUUUACGCAUCAGAUUCCCCGCUGAGCACUUCAACAGACUUCUUGGAAUAAUGAGCACCAUCUCUGCAAUCAUUAGUCUCUUCCAGUAUCCAUUAUUCUUGUGGGAAUCUUCUUCUCCAAAAAAUGCCCUAUAUGUAAAUGUGUUCGAUACUUUCUGCCUGGCAGUGGCUUUCAUCCAUCCCAUAUUGCUAGUGGUGACACCAGUACAAAAGUACUUUUUAAGAAGAAAUGUAGAAAAACAGGACACAAAAAGUUCAACUGUGAGAUGAUAACGGCAAAUAUCAUCAUAAUUCGAAACUGGCUUACCACCUGUCUUUCAAUUGCUUCUUUGCAAAGAAGCAGGUUUGAAGAAGAAAGAACAAUAUUUGCUCUUGCAGGCGGUUAUAAAUUGCGUCAGUGGUUUUUCUGUUCCUUAUUUGCUGUGAACUAUCGUGAAAUUUUGAGGUCACAAAUCCAGAUACAAAAUUUCAUCUCAAAAAACACUUCAAAAUAGUUUUUGGAAGUACAAUUUUCAAAGUAUUUCAGCACAGAGCAUAUAAGAAUUAUGAUUCAUAUACCUAUAUAACCUCAAUUUUUUUUUCACAAUUGAACUCAAAACAAAUUUAAAAUCCUUCGUCGCGGCAUACGGACGCAUGUGGGGAGCAAACCUUGCCAAGGAACCAUACGAUAAUGUAAUAAUGAAAUAAAACUAAAUAGGUAGCAAUUAAAAGAGCAUAGUAAAUCAUGUCUCUGGAGGCAGAAAUUAUUUGCUUUUCUGUCUCCGUUAUCGAAAUAUAAGGUCUUAAAGUUUGUUCAAAUUUUAAGAAAAAGUCAACGGAAGACCGCUUUCGCAAGUUUUGCAUAUAGAUAUUGAGCUUUCUUGCCACACGCAGACGGGGAAAUUGUGGAUGCCUUCAACUUCUCGCCAACUAUUUUGGCACUUUUCAUUUCGACUGCCUUUAAGACCUAAUAUCUCGAUAAGAGUCACAAGGGCAAAUAAUUUUUCGAUCAAAAAAAUAUCUCCAUAUGCUCUUUCGAAUGCUACCUAUUUGAAUUUUUUUCAUCGUUACAAUGUAUCGUUACAAUCGUACUCAAAAAAAUUCUGAAAUUUUUACGAUGAAAGCUACUGGUAUCCAUGUUGCCAGUAACUUCUACCGUAAAAUCUUAUUUUACUGUUAAAAUUUACACUAUAAUAAACGAGAGUUAAAAAUCACAAAAACGUUGACAGUAGAUUCAAUUUCGGAUACUUCGUAUUGUCAGACGGCUUCGCUGACCACCAUAAGAGCUGGGACACAUCGAGUGAGGGGAAAUACGGUUUUAUUUGCUUCGCACUGUAAGUCAUAUGGUGUAUCAAUUGGCGCUGCAAUCGUUUAUUUAUUUUCUUUUUCAGAGUAAUUUUACUGUAAUUUUCUCUACUGCAAACAUUUAAUGUUACAGUAAUAAUUACCGUAACAGUUUGCUGAAUUUUUUAAAGUGAUAUACUAUUCGUGCGGUUCCCUGCCCAUAAGCCGACGUUGUGUCGCGGACAGUGUUGUAGUUGCGAUGAGGGGGAGGUGUAUUUCUGGGGACUCGAAAUAUUUAAAUUUUUUAUUGUAAAAUAAUGCAAAUGUUAUGUAUAUUGGUUUCAAACCACCUUUUCUUUCGUUUCCCCAAACCCCAAGGUAAGCUCCCCUAAAUAUUUUUGCAACUACAGUAAUGGUCGCGGCAGUUGUAUCUUAUCCAAAGAAUGACUGAAAUGUUAAUCCAGAGCAUUUAUCACUUUGCCAAAAACCGCCCAUCAGCUAAUUGCGAAGGUGUGAUUAUGUAUCUUAAAUGCACGAUACAUUCACGUGAAACCCAGAGCUCCCUUGAUCCAGAAAGUCCUAAUGAAUUCCUCGCUGACAUGAAGUACUUUUUUCACAGCACUGCAUUAAACGCAUACAGUGCAAAUUUCGAAUUUGAACCUCGACUGUUGACACAAAAAGAAAAAAAAAUUGUAUAUGCUGCUGUGAGAGUCCGAAAUAUGGUUAAUGUCGACAUUAACCGGCAAAUAUUAAAAUCCUCAUUCCAAAGACAACGGCGACACCAAAUAAAGUCCGAUGAUUCACCGGUGACAGUCGACAUUCUCCUGUUUAUGUCUCUCACGUUAACAAAUAUAUGAAACACGAAGGCAGUAAGAGCUAGCUCAAAAUGCA